UCCUCGCUAUCCAUGGCUCCUCCUCCUCCUCCUCCUCCACCUCGUCAUCGUCGUCGUUGUUGACGUUUCUAGGGCUACGAGGAGCUCCGAGGGUGUCUCCCAUGGCGGCGAAGAAGAGGGCGUGGGAGGCGGCGGCGGAGGAGGUGCGGCGGUGGGGGGAGAUGAAGCAAACGGGGGUGAGCUUGAGGUACAUGAUGGAGUUCGGAUCCCGCCCCACGGCGAAGAACCUCCUCCUCUCCGCCCAGUUCCUCCACAAGGAGCUUCCCAUUCGCAUCGCGCGCAGAGCCAUCGAGCUCGAGAACCUGCCCUUCGGGCUCUCCCACAAACCCGCCGUGUUGAAGGUACGGGAUUGGUAUUUGGAUUCUUUUCGCGAUAUCCGAUCCUUUCCAGAAGUCAAAGACACGAAUGAUGAGUUAGCCUUCACCCAGAUGAUCCAGAUGAUCAAAGUGAGGCACAACAACGUAGUGCCGACAAUGGCCUUGGGUGUACAGCAGUUGAAAAAAGACUUGGAUCCUAAAGUUUUCCCAAAAGAUCUGGAAGAAACUCAUCAAUUUCUUGAUCGCUUUUACAUGUCGAGGAUUGGCAUCCGCGUGUUGAUAGGGCAACAUGUGGCUCUGCAUGAUCCUGAUUCGGAACCCGAUUGUAUUGGUCUUAUAAACACAAGAAUGUCCCCUAUGCUAGUGGCACGAGCUGCUAGUGAGGACGCACGUGGCAUUUGUUUCAGGGAAUACGGAUCUGCGCCCGAAGUUGAAAUAUAUGGAGAUACCGAUUUCACUUUUCCAUAUGUUCCAUCACAUUUGCAUCUUAUGGUUUUCGAAUUAGUAAAGAACUCCCUGCGUGCGGUCCAAGAACGUUUUAUGAAUUCCGAUAAAGAUGUUCCUCCUGUUAGAAUAAUAGUUGCUGAUGGAAUCGAGGAUGUCACAAUCAAGAUCUCGGACGAAGGUGGUGGGAUACCAAGAAGCGGGCUUCCGAAGAUAUUCACAUACCUUUACAGCACUGCAAAGAAUCCGCUGGAGGAGAAUUUUGGAGUAAACGAUGGCGUGACUAUGGCUGGAUAUGGCUAUGGCUUACCGAUAAGCCGUCUUUAUGCUCGAUAUUUUGGCGGCGAUCUUCAAAUAAUCUCCAUGGAAGGAUACGGCACCGACGCGUAUCUUCAUCUGUCCCGGUUGGGGGAUUCGCAAGAGCCCUUGCCGUAGAGCAUGAAUGGUAAGCUUCCAUUUAUUUAUUAUCAUGUUCACUAGAUGCCUCCCUUGUUGCAUGCAUAAGUGCAGAAGGGAAAGGGGGGAGAAGGAUUUGUACAUUUGGUAUGUGUCAAUGUGUGUAGGAAAGAUGAUGAUUGAAAUGCUGCUUCACCUUGUAUUGUGGCAAGACUGCUUUGGUACCCAUUAGUGGUUCAAUUCAUGCUGCAACUGUUUCAAGAAGAAUUAACAGUUGUACAGGCUCACACACA